UCUCCACUCUCUCUCACAAACAGAAUUUCCUCGUUCCUUCCUCACUUCCGUCUUCCUAGGGUUUCGAUUUCCCCUUUUCUCUGUAAAUUUCCUCGGACUGAGUUUGCAAUAAAGCUGCGAAAUUCGGCUCCGGCGUUACCCAUUCGACGAUUCUCUUCGGAGUUUUCUUUGUUUCUUUCUUUCAGGUUCAAAUGGACUCCGAUUCGUGGAACACUCGUUUCUCCACUUCCUCGAGGCGGUACCAGUCCCGAUCAGAUCUGUAUCGACAUGAAGAGACCGACGGCGAUGAUGAGUUGAAGGCGGAGUUUCUCUGCCCGUUCUGCGCCGAGGAUUUUGACGUCGUCGGGCUCUGUUGCCACAUCGAUGAGGAGCAUCCAGUGGAAGCUAAGAAUGGGGUAUGCCCGGUGUGCGCAAAGAGGGUCGGGUCUGAUCUAGUUAGUCAUGUUACCACACAACAUGGAAGUUUAUUAAAGGUGCAGCGCAAAAGGAAGUUUCGCAGGAAUGGGUCAGGUUUGACAUUUUCUUUACUGAGGAAAGAAUUGCGAGAAGGAUAUUUACAAGCCCUCCUUGGUGGUUCUUCCCUUAAUUAUACUGGAAAUUCAGAACCCGAUCCUUUGAUAUCUUCAUUUAUGUGUAACGCACCUCCUGUUGAUCAACCUGUAAGUGUAGAACCUCAUCCUCCAGUUGAAGAACGCUCAGUGAAAGAUCUAUCAGAGCAAGAGUUUGGCGAAAGAAAUGUCCAACAGCCGCCGCUCUCACACAAGGAGCAGGAGGAGACGGUUCGGAAGUGCGAGUUCGUACAAGGGUUGUUGUUGUCCACCAUCCUUGAUGACUUAUGAGCUAGCAGAUAUCCAUUCAAAACUGGAGUUUGAUGCAUUAAAAGGUUGGAAGGGGGUCUCUGCUAAUCUCGCGGCAUUGGUGAUAGUUAGGUCCGAGGAGCUAUCUAUAAAACUAUUAUUGUAUUUAGAGUUUUAUGUGCAUAAUGGAAAGAUGGAAGUUUGUCUCAUGCUGUUAUUCUCUCCAAAA